AUGCAGAAAGUCUACCUAAAAAUGUCCAACUAUAGCUCAAUGGCCUUGCCAAUUGCACGGAUUAAUAGGCCCCAAGCGGAGACAGGUGAGGAGAAAAUCCACGUACAGAAGUUGUCUGAGCGCAUCACAACAUGGCCCGAGGAGGAUUGGUCAGGGGUCUCUGAUCCCAAGCAGCGGAGGCGACUGCAAAACCGUCUGAACCAGAGGGUCCGACGAUUGCAAAAAAGAAUCGACAUGCAACGCACGUCUGAUAGUAAAACCAGCAAAGGCCAGCACGCACCACCAAGCACGAAGGAUAGUGUUAGUCGCGCGGCUGUUGAGGUGGAAGAUGCGCCAGUGGAGCCCACACCCACCUGUCCGUCUCUAGCAGCAGUAGAACACAUACAUAUCCUCGAGGCCGACUUCGUGGAGACAAGGAGGAUACUGCAGCAAAUAGAGGUCAUGGCACACGCCCAGUACAUGCUCGGUUCCCCGCGCACUGACAUGCUGUUGCACUUGAUUCAAUUCAAUUUCACAAAAGCGCUAGUCCAGAACAUGCGGGUUCUAGGUCUCACGUCGGAGCUACUGCACGACGAUGCCAUUUCGCCAUUCAACGUAACUGGCCCGUGGCAGUAUGACAUCGAGCCUGCCCUUCCCUCCAGCCUGCGCCCUACUAUCAUUCAGCGCACUGUAGUUCAUCACCCGUGGUUGGAUCUACUUCCAAUACCGGAAAUGAGGGACAAUCUGAUCUCUGCCGGCGAGUCAUAUGAUGAAACCCAACUUUGCCUGGAUAUGAAGGGACAUGGGAGAGCGCAUACCGACCAUACGGGAAUCAUUGUUUGGAGCGAUCCAUGGGAUCAAACGGGGUGGGAGGUCUCUGAACCGUUUGCCCGGUCCUGGGGAUGGACGGUGAGAGGCUGUGUGAACCUUUUUCGUUCUACAAACUCGUGGAGAGCGCGGCGGAAUGAGAGACCACUCUUUCGCGUGUAUUGA